ACCAGCACCAGCCCUGGGACCACCAGCACCAGCCCUGGGACCACCACUGUGACACCUGGGACCAGCACCAGCCCUGAGUUCAGCACCACACCUGAGACCACCACCCCCUAUGGGACCACCACAGUAUUCCCUGAAAUCACCAGUCCUGAGACCACCCCCACAAUCACUGGGACCACCAGCACCAGCCCUGGGACCACCAGCAGUGCUGGGGCCACCCCAACCUCACCUUGGACCACCACAGCCCCUGAGACCACCGCAGGCCUUGGGACCAGCACGACCCCUGAAAGAACCGAGACACCUGGGACCACCAGCACCAGCCCUGGGACCACCAGCAGUGCUGGGGCCACCCCAACCUCACCUUGGACCACCACAGCCCCUGAGACCACCGCAGGCCUUGGGACCAGCACGACCCCUGAAAGAACCGAGACACCUGGGACCACCAGCACCAGCCCUGGGACCACCAGCAGUGCUGGGGCCACCCCAACCUCACCUUGGACCACCACAGCCCCUGAGACCACCGCAGGCCUUGGGACCAGCACGACCCCUGAAAGAACCGAGACACCUGGGACCACCAGCACCAGCCCUGGGACCACCAGCAGUGCUGGGGCCACCCCAACCUCACCUUGGACCACCACAGCCCCUGAGACCACCGCAGGCCUUGGGACCAGCACGACCCCUGAAAGAACCGAGACACCUGGGACCACCAGCACCAGCCCUGGGACCACCAGCAGUGCUGGGGCCACCCCAACCUCACCUUGGACCACCACAGCCCCUGAGACCACCGCAGGCCUUGGGACCAGCACGACCCCUGAAAGAACCGAGACACCUGGGACCACCAGCACCAGCCCUGGGACCACCAGCAGUGCUGGGGCCACCCCAACCUCACCUUGGACCACCACAGCCCCUGAGACCACCGCAGGCCUUGGGACCAGCACGACCCCUGAAAGAACCGAGACACCUGGGACCACCAGCACCAGCCCUGGGACCACCAGCACACCUGGGACCACCAGCACCCGCCCUGGGACCACCCCCGUGACCCCUGGGGCCAGCACCAUCCCUGAGACCACCACCACUCUCGCUGGGAGCAUCCCCACCACCCCUGGGGCCACCACCAGCCCUGAGACCAUUUCUACAGCCCCCAGCAAAACCUCGACCACCCCUGUGACCAACACAACCACCCUUAGGACGACCACCAGCCCUGGGACCACUACCACCAUUCCUGGGACCACCACCAACACCCCUGUGACCAACACCACACCCGUGGCCGCCACCACACCUGUGACCAACACAACCACUCCUGUGGCAAGCAGCACCAUACCUGGGACCACCAUCACAACCCCUGGGACCACCAGUACCACCCCGGUGACCACCAGUACCACCCCUGUGACCAAUACAACUACACCUGUAACCACCACCACCGCUGUGACCAACACCCCUGUGAACACCACCACACCCGGGACCACCAGCACCACCCCUGUGGCCACCAUCACAACCCCUGGGACCACCACCAUCCCUGUGACCACCAGCACCACACCUGUGACCAACACAACUACACCUGUGACCAACACAACCACCCCCAUGACCAGCACAACCGCUCCUGGGACCACCAGCACCACUCCUGUGACCAUCACCAGCCCUGUGGCCAACACAACCACACCUGUGACCACCACAAUCACCCCUCACCACUCCUGUGACCAACACCAGCCCUGUGGCCAACACAACCACACCUGUGACCACCACAAUCACCCCUGUGACCAACACCACCAUCCCCGCGACCACCACCACACCUGUGACCACCACAAUCACCCCUGUGACCAACACCACCACACCUGUGACCAACACAACCACCCUGAGGACCACCACAACCACCCUGAGGACCACCACCACCACUAUUAG